AACAAGCACUACUCUUUACUCGUGUUAUUUUUGUUAUUGCAGUACUACACUUUCUGGCUGGUUUAACAUGAUCUCCGUUGGAUUCCAAGCUGCGGCAAGCGUGAGGGUGGGUAACGAACUCGGAGCAGGAAAUCCAAAAUCAGCGUCCUUUUCGGUGGUGGUGGUGACAGCGAUUUCUUUCAUCAUAUCAGCUAUUAUAGCAAUAGUGAUUCUUAUACUUAGGGAUGUCAUCAGCUAUGCCUUCACAGGGGGUGAAGUGGUUGCUGCUGCAGUUUCAGAUCUUUGCCCACUGCUUGCUCUUUGUAUUCUCCUCAAUGGCGUCCAGCCCGUCUUAUCUGGGGUGGCUGUUGGAUGUGGUUGGCAAGCUUUCGUGGCUUAUGUAAACGUGGGUUGUUAUUAUGGAGUUGGCUUACCACUGGGAGCGGUUCUAGGCUUUUAUUUCGACUACGGUGCCAAGGGAAUAUGGCUGGGAAUGCUUGGUGGCACAGCCAUGCAAACAGUGAUUCUAUUGUGGGUUACAUUUAGAACGAACUGGAAUAAGGAGGUGGAGGAAGCAGCCAAGAGAUUGAGCAAAUGGGAGGACAAGAAGGAGGAAGCACUAGACUGAAGAGGAUGACUUGUUCAUGUAGGGGCUAGAGAGCUCCUUAUUAUUAUUAUAAUUAUUAUUAUUAUUAUUAUUAUCUCUACUCUUAUUGGUAGUUCCUUUCAUGUGUGUUGUGACAUGUAACAAUUAUAUUUGAACAACUAUCCAUUUUUGUUAGAGAUAUUUUCUACCCUUUUGUGUUAGAUUUUUUGUUUUGUUUCUGUGAUUAAUUAAGGAGAAUGACUAUUCAAUUUCAAUAAUUUAGGGAUCACAUUCUAGGGGAUAUGUAAAUGUGAUCUGUUUUCAUUUUCUCUUCUUGUAGAACGGCUAUAAUAAGUAGUCAUGUUUUUAGAAAUCAAUAAGACUGAACUUUUUCCCCA